AUGUUUUGGCACGUGACUUGCUUCACUUGACAAAUAUCCGCCAUGUUCAUUUGAUAAAAAGGCUGUGACAGCGUCGAAAGCUUGUGAUCACUAAGACAUUGACUCUACUUCAUUAUCUUGUUUCUUAUUAUAGAAAUUAUAUGAUUAUCCUCUUAAUUUGCUUCUCUAGCAUAAUUUCCAUGAUUUUAGUUUGUUUCAUGUUGGUUUUCUCUUUUGGCUUUCUCCCCAGUUAUAAGUUCACUUAACACCCUUGGCCUAGCACUAAGCCUGUGCCCGCUCAGUUUCAGAAACUCAGUCUCUGAGCGCCAACACAUUUAACGCCUGCGCGCAACCUUCAGCGGAUGUACACCUAAGUUCUUACCCAGUCCUUUUGGAGUGUGUUUUUCAUUUCGUCUUGCAACCCUGUGCCUCAUGUGGUUUGUUUUGCUAUGUCGGCUUAUUUUCGUUCGGCUUUUACUCUUAUCUUGGUAAAUUUUUUGCUGAAAGUUGCCUCAUCACAAGAUGGCGUGGAUGACAGUAAUUUCGAGGAUAUUUAUAAGGCUUUCAUGAAUGGUUUGUCUUAUUUUAACCGCGAAUACAAGCACUUGGAUUCAGAUGCCGUGCUUGGGCUGCGAGUUGCAGAAGGAUACAUUCGCAGGAUUAUACAAGAGACAGACAAUGGGAAAAUAAAGCUGAGCCUGAAAGCUUACAGCAAUGUGACAGAACUUCUAAACCAAGUCUCUGAAGUUUUGAAAAAGAUUGUUCCACUGUUGCAAGAAAAUGAUCCUUUGUUUUAUCCUGCUCUGAAUUCUCCAUGGACUUACUACAAAGCCUACAGAUUCUUAGAAUUAGGGGGUGUUUCUGGGAGACGAGAAAGCAGACCAGAUGAUAGAGAAAGAUACUUGCACUGUGUUAGGGAAGUUGUGGGAAGCAGGAGCAGUCAGAGUGAACCAUGUACAAUUUCUGAUGAGUGUUGGGCGACUAUGAUGACAAAAGGAGCCCCGAGUAAUGUUCUUUAUCACCAGUCUUUGUUUUUCAUCUUAGGCGAGGCAGCGGGCUGUCAUGACAAACUACUGUCAAGAAUAGAAGCCUCUGGAGACAAGCUAGCGACACACCUACAACACAUGUGCACUUUAGCAUACUUCAACAACGCUUGGGCUCAGUUUCAUGGAGGAGGUGACCCAGAGGGCCUCAUGCUGAUCUUGAAGCUUAGCUUUAGUUGUGGCUUGUUAGGAUACCAUGAGCUGUUAACAGGGGGUGGGCUAUAUAAUGCUGUUGCUUGGCAACUGGAAAGUGGAUGUUAUGGAGACUACACCAGAAUGGGAGAGAAGAAAAUGAGUGAAACUGAAGCUGGGAAGGCAACACGUGAGCUAAAGUCAACUUACCUUGGAAACGGAUGUAUAAGUGACAGCACUGGAGCAGGGUUGGGACUCCUUGCUGUCUACUUGAGGUGGAUCCUGGAUCCUCCACCACAGAUCCAGGCAUUGAGACUUGCCAAAAGCGCCCAAGAAGAUGCCCAAACAGUGUCGGUGUACAUGUUUGGUCUUGUCCUUCUCACGAUAGCUUUCCUUUUCGCUGCCAGGCGAACUAUUUUGCAGAUGGCGGUAACCUGUCGUGUCAUAUUGUUUGGGCAAAGGAAUAGAUAAGAAGCUGUACAUGGCUUUGAGCUUGGGUGUGUCAAUCGGCUACAGUGGAGUGGCCCCGAGUGAGUGAUCCUUAGUCACCGCUCGGGCCGAAGUUCACGAAAAGCUCCCCGUCCCCACGUCCCCACGUCCCCACGUCCCCACAAAGACGGCAAGCUACGCUGUGAUUGGUGCAGCGCAUACAGUACCUAGGCGCUGAUGGCUCAAGUAAAAAUAAGGCAAGCAAUCGUGGGAAGGGGAUGUACAUUUAUGUCGGUUUGAAGCCGCCGCAUGGAAACAGGGAGUUUUGCAUGACUUCAAUAGAGGCGUCAGUGAUCUUAGACAGUCAUUCUAUGAAUUACGGGAAUGUAGCUGAAAUGUUCAAUGCUCUCUUCAAUGCGGUAUUUUCGGUGGUAGUUAUAAGAGUAUGGUCGUGACCCUUGUCAAGUAUUGUUCAUUUAGAAAGCUGAUGUGCAGAUUCUGGACAUUUUGUCACUAGUAUUAUUAUUUCUUUUCGUUUUUUUUUUUUUUUUUUUUUGGCAACCAUCAGUUGCUGCUUUGUAAAGUGCAUCUUACUACUUUAAACAGUGAAGCGAGACGGGAACAAUAUCAUUCUUACCCAAGAGUUUAUUCAACAGCUUAAAAAGUAAUCUUGUUUAUUAACAGCUAGACUUAGAUCGUGCGCGAAACAAACACAUACAUGUGCACGGUUGCAAAAUAAAUUUCUAGUGAUUAUUUAUCGAAAAAAAUUG